GUUUUAAACUGAUAAAAAUAUAACUUAAGGUAUUUAAAUAAAUUGUGUCGGAGCGUCAAACAGCCGAGGUGUUAUAAAGCGACCCAAUGUGCUUAAAGCGGCGGAAGUGAAGUCAAUGUGGAAUAUUGUAAAAAUAUUCCAAACAUUUGACACAAAAGAGAAAUGUAUUUCCUUUGCCGAAGAACAAGGUUUGAUUUUAAAAGCCAAAAUUUGCCGUACGCAUAAAAUGCCAAUGACGCUGUCGUUAAAAAAAAGUAGCAGUGUUGGGGUGUUCCGAUGCCGGAAAGGGGGUUGUCGAAACCGAAGUGCGUUGGCAAGGUCGAGCGAUACCUGGUUCGAAAACGUCAAAAUCCCACUUCCGCAAGUAUUUUAUCUAAUGUAUGCGUAUGCAUCUCAUUGGUCACAUGCGGAAGUGAGGAAAAACAGUUUUAUCAGGGAACCAGUUCUAUCUAGCGCUACAAUAUUUGACUGGUAUAAUUACUGCCGCGAAGCUGUAUUAUUAUACCAGGUUGACCAUCAGGUAGUGGUAGGUAAAAUUGGUGGUCCUGGUAAAACUGUUCAAAUAGACGAAAGCAAAUUUGGGAAGAGAAAAUACAGCAAAGGGCGGAGAGUCGAGGGCCACUGGGAUCUUGGGAUGGUUGAGGAUGGGAGUGACGACCUUAGGCUGGAGGUAUGUCCCGGCAAUGUCAGGUCUGCUGAGGUGCUCACACCUUUGAUAGAGAAGCACGUGGCAAAAGGCAGUAUUAUAUGUACUGAUUGCUGGAGGGCAUACGACUGUCUAGCCAGUCACGGGUAUGAGCACCGACGCGUUAAUCACAGCGACCCCGAUAAUCCGUUGGUUGCCGAGGACGGGACGCAUACUCAACGCAUCGAGUCCCAGUGGCGAGUAAUUAAACGUUUUUUUAUUAAGAACAAUUACAAUAAUAGCGAAGAUUUUUCUAAUUUAAUUUAUGAAUAUACUUGGAGAAAAAAUAUUGCAAAUAAUCAUCACGAUCCUUUUGUAAAAUUAUUAUAUGCAAUUAAAUAUACAUAUAAGCCUUAAAACUUUUUUUAUUACAAUGGAAAAUUUAUUUCAGAUGGUAUUUGUCUCUUGGUUUGAGUUUUUAUAUUAAUUUUUAUUCGUUUGAUGAAUGUGUAAUUAUGGCAACACUUAUUAUUUGUCAACAAGGAAUACUUUUGUUUUUGUGCAUGAUAUGAAAAUUGUGUAAAAUAUAAAAUGCUUAUUUUAAGCAAAUAACUUAAUAAUUAUUGGAAAAAAAUAUGUAGAAACAAUGUAGUGAAGUGUAAGUGCAUAAUAUGAAUUAAAUAAUUACUAGCAAUCGAGAAAUUGCAAGAUAAAAUUUGCAAAAUUUUCAACUUUAAAUGCAAAUAUCUCGAAAACUAUAAGUUUGUGGCGGCAACAAUUAUAUAUUUUCUUAAUCUGGAGCAUCAGCUCUAUCCAACCAUACCACUUUUAACCCUGAAAUCGUGGGAUCGUAUACUAAAGUUUCCCCGAAAUUUCGAAUAUCGGGAACUGCUACUAGACGUAUCCCAGCAAGAGAACACUUAAGAUUGCGGUAUCUAUGGGCUGGAUAACAUGGAGCGGGUCAUGCGAUACGUCGGACGAGGGGCACUCGGAUGCAUCUCCGAACCCUUCACGGCGAAGCUGGCAGCUGAAAAGCGAGCCCAGACAUGUGCCACCUUCAGACGCCACCAAACCAACCCUGCCACGUGAAGGCAUAAACAUUUCCACCUCCGAGGCUAAGGAACAGCACUAGAGGCCUUCCCGGAAAU